GCUAUUAAUGGAGCGCUCAGCGGAACGUUACCCAUACAUAACCGCAGUUAUUAUGGAUUUCCUAAGAUGCACCGUAGAAGACUACUAUCCACCCAUGCGGGACCAUAUGGCCAAAUGUGUUGCAACUGGCAUGCGUGUUAUGCUUGAAAAAGGAGUUUUACGAGGUUUGAAGGGAAUAUAUGCCUGUCCAACUACUGAGGAUGGUACUCGGGCAAACAUGCAAGCUCUAUUCUCGGAAUUUCUUGACAGAGAAGGUAGAGAUGGAAAUGCCCCGGAGCCACGGAUACCAGCUGCUCCUGUUAUUGCUCAUCCCACAGCAACACCGUCACCUGGUGCAAAUGAUGAAACGCUGGCUACAAGUAUGCCAGAUGGUGAAGAUGGUGAAAUAGUCGAUCAUCAACCGAUGGAAGACGACGAUGUUGACCGAUACCUUUACGGCGAAGCAGGUUAGUCAUAGUCACAUAGUGAUAUUCAACGAAUGUUCUCACGCACCCAUUAUUUUUGAACUUAAUGGCGAAAAACCAGGAUCUGCAGCUGCCAGUGUAGCAGGAACGGAAACUGAAAGGGAAAGCGAUGAUGACACAAAGAUGGACAGCAAUACGGAUUGGGAUGACUACCAUAUAGCUAGAACCACAAGCUCAGGAGGCGCAGAAAUAGAAGGCCAGGCCAUGGAUGAAGAAGCAGAAUCGGAAGAAGAGAGGCAAUUGGAACCAUCAGUAACAGACAUGGAGCCUUCAACAGCGUCAGCAGCAGUAGCGCCCAAGGGUAUCGAAUCGAACCAAUCUUACUGGCUCUUUGGCGAUUCAUUUAACAAAUUUAAAACUGCAUCAACGACUGUACUUGAUCCAAACCAAGAACAAGAUGAAAUGCUAGUACAAAUGACCAUUGCAAAACGGAGUCUCAAGGAGAUUCUGUCGGUAUAUCUUCGUAUGGCCAUUCCUGGCGAGACGCUGGCGUCGAGCAUAGGACCACCCGUCUGCGACAUGAUCAUACAGUUCUUUCUCCAGCACCAGCCAUCAGUUACCAGCGACAUGGAUGUGGAUGCAGUCAUCAACGAUACAGCAACAGACACAUUUGACGUAUUAAUGACAACCUUGUGGGAAGCUGAAGAAGGUCGAGAUAAGAUGGUAGAUCUUGUUGGGUCGAUAGCACAUCAUUGCGGAGAUAGUCGUCAUGUCAUCGGUAUGCGGUGGUGGUCUUACGUUGCUGGACGUGUUGUUGAAGGAACCAGAGACUGGAUACCAAGUAUAGUUAAAAGCUACAAAGCGUUUGUGUCACUUGCUUAUCCAGAUGAUCCGAUCGAAUUAAGCUUGACACGGGAUCUACAGCUCCUCGCAGAACAAAACCAUACGUCUUUCCACAAUGUCUUACUAAUUGUAUAUCAGUACAUGCCUGGUUCCACAGUCGGAAAUACUGAAUUGCUACAAAUGCUACUUACACUCAUCCUACCGGAUCAACUUGGUCAACUGGUUACACUGGUGCGUUCGGGCAUUUUGCGUGUUUAUGGAGAUCCCAUCGACAUAGCAUUUCUCGUAUCGACAUUUCGUCUCGAUGCAUACGAAACAGCUUGCGCUUGGCAGAUCCUGGUCGCUGAAUUACAAGGAAAUCAAAAACGUACUGAAAACUUCUUGAGCAUGCCAGAUACCAUUGCAUUACUGCAAUCUCAAACUCUCGAUCAAGUAUCACCACAACUACUGUCCCUAUUCUCUGCCGCACAACCGACACCAGCACUUCUCGAAGCCACUCUACAAGUAAUACCACCUGCCAACGCUAUGCGAGACAAGAUACAACUCCUUAUGACAGUGUUCAUUGAUUGGAAACAACAGCAAAAAUCAUCUGCUGCACUUGAAAGAUCGAUGCAAUCUAUAUUGGAUCUUGUUGAAGCACAAAACAUGAAUGAUGAGACUACACGACAACUUGCGCGGCAGUUAUCCAUUCUGCAACAGUAAAGAAAAAAAACCAGAUUAUUCAUAUACAUAUACAACUUUCGCACUACAGUAAUAACCCAACAUAAUAUUGCCCCCUAG